GAUCCUUACAAGCUACUCGGCGUUGCCAGGGAUGCGAAACUAGCAGAGAUCAGAAGUGCGCAUCGCAAGUCAGUCCUCAAAUGCCAUCCCGACAAGGUACAAGACGCGGCUCUGAAGGCGGUUAAGCAAGAUGAGUUCCAGAAGGUGCAACAAGCCUACGAGCUGCUCAGCGACGACGCCAAGCGACAACAAUACGAUUCCCAAGUCAAGUUGUUCGAGUUGAGGAUGGAGAUGGGAAGAGGGAAUCCGUCCAAAGGCUCGCAUUUCGAACCGCCUUUGAAAGCUAAAGAACAGGGGCUGGGACAAUGGAAUGUAGAGAGAAUGAAGCCUCUCUCAAGACCACGGAAUAAACCCACCGGAAUAUUAGUUGUACAAGGACAUAUCAACGGCCGAAAGACACAAGCAAUCCCCGAUACUGGAGCAGAAGGUAAUAUCAUGGCGGCUUCCUUCGCCCGCGACAUCGGUCUUACCAUUCAGAACCAGAACCCCAGUCAACUUCUACGUAUGGCCAACGGAAAGCACAUUGAAACUAUAGGCACUGUUCAAGCUGUGUGGAGCUUUGUGUCAGAUCCUGUCCAAAACUGGAAAAUCACAUUCCAGGUCCUUGCCGAUUUUGUUUACGACCUUGUACUUGGCUCAGCAUUCCUUACUGCUACUCAAACAAUGUCUUAUCACCAACACCGGCUCUGUCGGAUUCCCCGACCUUUGCAAUCCCUCUCAGUUCUCCGCGUAAAUAUUCUUGGGAGUGGAUGCCAGCGAGUGCUCGGUAUCUUCCAAGGAAAUAUGAUGCAAGCCCUACCGGAUUCCGGGUCGGAGGCAAAUCUCGUGUCGCUUGACUAUGUGAAAAGGCACGGGUGGCUGCCAAAGAUCAAACGCGAGGAUCAGAAUAUGUUACAAUUUGCGGACGGAAGUACUGAAAAGACGGAAGGAUCGAUUAUGGCGCGAUGGAGAUUCCUAAGAGUCGGUGACGAUGACCCGGAGACAAGCUUGCGGGUGAAAUUACACGUCCUCCGUGGCUGUGUCUAUAAUGUGAUCCUGGGGCAGGAUGUGCUUGAGGACGCAGAUGCCUUCUUAAGGCACGAGAAGGCUUUCCUGGAUAUGGCGUCAAGUAAGGAGUCUUUAGGGCUGAACUUAGUG